AUGGUAGUAAUACUAGUUUAUAUUGAUGACUUGUUGAUAACAGGAAAUGAUCAUGAGAUGGUAUUGGACACAAAGAAGAUUUUUCAAGAUAAAUUCAAGAUUAAGGAUUUAGGUAACUUGAGAUAUUGUUUAGGCAUUGAGUUUGCAAGGAGUGAGGCUGGAAUUCUUAUGCACCAGAGAAAAUAUUGUCUAGAGUUUAUAUCAGAUAUGGGGUUGUCCAACUCAAAGCCUGUUGGAGCUCCUAUGGAAUUAAAUCAGAAGCUUACCACAUCAAAAUUUGAUUCAUAUUUUCCACCUGUUGGAAGCACUGACAAGUUCUUAGAAGAUCCUACAAGAUAUCAAAAGCUUGUAGGCAGACUACUUUACUUGACUAUAACCAGGCCAGUUAUUGCAUGUGCAGUUCAACUUUUGAGUCAAUUCAUGCAUAAACCUAAAAUAUCUCAUAUGGAAGCAGCAAUGAGAGUGGUUAAGUAUGUCAAGAAUUCACCAGGAUUAGGAAUUCUUAUGACUUCUAAAGGUGCAAAGCAGUUGAGAGCAUUUUGUGAUGCAGAUUGGGCAUCAUGCCCAAACACCAGGAAAUCAACCACUGGAUACUUUGUGUUUUGUGGAGAUUCUUUGGUUUCUUGGAAAUCAAAGAAGCAAAAUACUAUCUCAAUAAGCUUAGCAGAGGCUGAGUACAGGAGUUUGGCAUCUACUGUGGCUGAGAUUGUGUGGCUAGUUGGACUGUACAAGGAAUUGGGAGUUGAUGUUGCUUUGCCAAUGUCCAUAUGCAGUGAUAGCAAGUCUUUAAUUCAAAUUACAGCUAAUCUAGUGUUCCAUGAAUGA